AUGCAAGCACUCGCCCGACCCUUGCUCCGGCAGGUCGCGCGACAGCGUCCAUGCUCAUCCACGUCUACGAUCAAAGACACCAACGCCCGUUCGGCGGUCAUCAACGUCCUCAACAACAUUGGCUCUAAGCGAGAGGUUCAGCAAUACCUUGCUCAAUUCACCUCAGUUUCUUCCCAGCAAUUCGCCGUGAUCAAGGUCGGCGGUGCGAUCUUGACCGACUACAUCGAUGUCCUCUGCGCCUCCCUCCGCAACCUUAACCAGAUGGGCCUCUACCCGGUCAUUAUUCACGGUGCCGGUCCGCAGCUGAACAAGCUCUUGGAAGAGGCGGGCAUUGAGCCACGAUACAACGAGGGAAUUCGCAUCACUGAUGGCAAGACGUUGGGAGUAGCACGCAAGUUGUUCUUGCAGGAGAACUUGAAGCUCGUCGAGGCGCUGGAAUCAUGGGGUGUUCGCGCUCGUCCCAUCACUUCCGGAGUGCUCAUGGCUGACUACAAGGAUCGCGCCACCUACGAGUUCGUUGGCGAGGUCAACCAGGUCAAUGCCGAGAGCAUUAAGGCCGCAAUCGCCGACGGAUAUAUUCCCGUGCUCACGUGCAUGGCCGAGAGCGAAGACGGUCAAGUGCUCAACGUCAAUGCCGACAAGGCGGCCGCGGAGCUGGCCAAGACUCUCGUGCCACUGAAGAUUGUCUACCUGUCCGAGAAGGGAGGUCUGUACGACAAGGAGACCAACAAGCUCAUUGAAGCCAUUAACUUGGACGAGGAGUACGACGAGUACAUGAAGAAGCCGUGGGUCAUUCACGGCACCAGGAGCAAGAUUCGGGACAUCAAGACCCUCCUUGAUGAGUUGCCUCGCAGCUCCAGUGUCGCUAUCAUCCACCCGGCUAGCUUGGAGCGCGAGCUCUUCACCCACUCGGGUGCAGGCACGCUGAUUCGCCGUGGCACAAAGCUUCUGCAGGCCUCCUCCCUUGACGAGGUCGGAGAUUUGAACAAACUCAAACAGACUCUCGUCCGGGAUCGGGGAGGACUCGAUGCUGCCAACGUGGUUGACGGCUACCUGGAGAUUCUCGACUCGAAGCCCUUCAAAGCGGUCUUCGACGAGAACAUGGAGGCUCUGGCUAUUGUUUUCCCUCCUGAGGCAGGCGGAAACGCCCUGGGACACCUCGCCACCCUCACCAUGACCCGAUCGGCUUGGUUGUCCAACAUCGCCGACAAUGUCUUCCAGACUCUGAAGCGUGACUUCCCCAAACUCGCCUGGACCGUCAAACAAGACGAUGAGAACCUCACCUGGUUCAGCGAGCAGGCUGAUGGCUCCAUCGCGCGCAAGGGAGAGGUCUUGUUUUGGUACGGCAUUGAGAGCCCCGACGAGGUGCGCGAACUCAUGUCCGAGUUUGUUCAGCACGGUCGACAGAUGUUCGGCGACAUCAACCUCGAGUCGCAGAUCCAUCGAGCAGCGGCCGCCACAGAGCGGAUACGAGCACGUGCGGCAGAUCUCGCCAGCCGACGACCGCAACAGGCUCGCGCAUUCAGUACCAGCGCUCGACCUAUGCAGCGGACACGCGUGACCACCAGCAACCAGGUACGAACCUAUGCGACCACUAACCCCAACCCUCCCCUCGGCAUCAAGAACAGCGAAAAGGACUACCCAUCAAAAGUCGCCCUGAUCGGCGCCCGUGGAUAUACUGGUCAGGCUCUCAUUGACCUCCUGAACCGCCACCCCAACAUGGACCUAUGUCACGUCUCAUCACGCGAACUCAAGGGUCAAAAGCUCAAGGGUUACGAAAAAAAGGAGAUCAUCUACGAGAACCUGUCUCCGGAUGACGUCCGCCGCAUGGCCGAAAAGAAGGAGGUCGACUGCUGGGUCAUGGCUCUGCCCAACGGAGUCUGCAAACCCUACGUUGAUGCCAUCGACGAAUCUGGCCACCAGGAAGCCGUCAUUGUCGACCUCUCCGCCGACUACCGUUUCGACUCCGCCUGGACCUACGGUCUUCCCGAGCUCGUCCAACGCAGCAAAAUCGCCUCGGCCACCCGCAUCAGCAACCCCGGUUGCUACGCGACCGCCGCCCAACUCGGCAUCGCGCCGCUCCUCCCCUACCUCGCCGCCGCUCCCGCGCACCCGACCGUCUUCGGGGUCUCCGGCUACUCCGGCGCGGGAACCAAGCCUUCUCCCAAGAAUGACGUUACUAACCUUACCGACAACCUCAUCGCCUACUCCCUGACCGACCACAUCCACGAGCGCGAGAUCUCCGCCCAGCUCGGCACCCCGGUGGCUUUCAUCCCACACGUCGCGGUCUGGUUCGCCGGCAUCCACCACACCAUCUCCCUGCCUCUCAACCAAACCAUGGCCUCCCGGGACGUGCGCCAGCUGUACCAGGACCGCUACGACAAGGAGAAGCUCGUCAAAGUCUCCGGCGAGAGCCCCGUGGUCAAGAACAUCGCAGGUAAACAUGGCGUCGAAAUCGGUGGUUUCGCCGUUCACUCGAGUGGUCAGCGUGCGGUGAUUAAUGUCACCAUUGAUAAUCUUCUCAAGGGUGCCGCGACACAGUGCUUGCAGAACAUGAACCUUGCGCUGGGCUAUGCUGAGUAUGAGGGUAUUCCUGCGAUGAAAUAG